ACACCUCACUUUCUGAAUGCAUGGUACAAGUUCCCUUAUGUUAUUGGUGAUAUAUAUACGGCAUACCCUUCUUUCCUUCCUUCCGUCCGUGACUCUAUCUCUUGGCGCAUUAUAUAAUCAGUAAUGAGAAAUGAGAAUGUGUGAAGAUUACUUUAUUUUAAUUUUCCUUUAGUUAGCAAUUAAGUGCUCCUUAUUAAUACUAGUUUAGUUUCUGAGUGAGUGCAGUGGUGGCCGUGAAAUCAUUCAUCAUGGAUGGCCAUCCUUCCUCAAACGACGUCGUUCUCAACCUUCCCGAUCAUCAUGCACAGGGGAAGGUGAAGAAGAAGGACACUUUAGUCCUUGCAUACAAGACUCUUGGUGUUGUUUUCGGAGGACUUGUGACUUCACCGCUUUAUGUUUACCCUUCAAUGCCUCUUAAGUCUCCAACUGAAGAGGACUAUUUGGGAAUUUACAGUAUCAUGUUCUGGACUCUCACUCUUAUUGGUCUUGUUAAGUAUGCCAAUAUUGCCAUCAAAGCCGAUGAUCACGGUGAAGGAGGGACAUUUGCUCUGUAUUCAUUACUAUGCAGGCAUUUCAAUAUUGGGAUCUUGCCUUCUAAGCAAACUGGGUUAAACUUUGAUAGGACUACUGAAACACAUACAUGGCUUGCUAAACUGUUCGAAAAAAGCAUUGUUGCGAGAAGGUUAUUGCUUUUCAUUGCUAUGUUGGGUACUUGUAUGCUUAUUGGUGAUGGUAUACUCACCCCUGCAAUUUCAGUUUUGUCUGCUAUGGAUGGAGUUAGAGCACCUUUUCCUUCUAUUAACAAAACAACGGUGGAAGCACUCUCUGCAGUUAUCUUGAUCUUUUUGUUCUUGUUGCAAAAGUUUGGUACAUCCCGUGUCAGUUUCCUCUUUUCCCCAAUAAUGGGUGCAUGGACCCUGUGUACUCCACUUGUGGGAAUUUACAGCAUCAUUCACUACUAUCCAAGUAUAUUCAAGGCUUUAUCUCCGCACUACAUUUUCCAUUUCUUUAUGAGGAAUGGAAAAUCUGGGUGGCUUUUACUUGGUGGCACUGUCCUUUGCAUUACCGGUUCUGAGGCAAUGUUUGCUGAUCUUGGUCAUUUCAAUCCGCGGUCCAUUCAGAUAGCUUUUAUAUUCACAAUCUACCCAUCUUUAGUUCUGACUUAUGCGGGGCAGACAGCAUACCUGAUCAAGAAUCCCAAUGAUUAUAAUGACGGCUUUUACAAAUUUAUACCAACUCCAGUCUACUGGCCUAUCUUUAUCAUUUCAACGUUGGCUGCAAUUGUUGCUAGCCAGUCAUUAAUAUCAGCCACUUUUUCUGUAAUCAAGCAAUCUGUAGUGCUGGAUUAUUUUCCGCGAGUAAAGAUUGUACACACUUCUCAUAAUAACGAAGGAGAGGUUUACUCCCCUGAAGUCAACUACAUACUUAUGGUCCUCUGUGUUGCUGUCAUACUUAUUUUUGGAGACGGAAAAGAUAUUGGAAAUGCUUUCGGUGUUGUUGUGAGCCUAGUGAUGCUUAUUACCACUAUAUUGCUUACAUUAGUCAUGAUCAUGAUAUGGAGAACUCCUGUCAUACUGGUUUCCCUGUACUUCGGUGUGUUUUUUGUUAUAGAAGGGGUUUAUGUCAGUGCAGUUUUCACCAAAUUUGCUGAAGGUGGAUGGAUUCCUUUUGCCAUAUCACUUAUCCUUGUGUUCAUCAUGUUCGGUUGGUUUUAUGGUAGACAAAGAAAGAUAGAUUAUGAAAUAACCCACAAGAUAACCUUUGAGAGACUUGAAGAACGUUUGGCUGACUGCAGUGUUCAAAGGGUUCCCGGGCUAUGCUUUUUCUAUUCUAACAUUCAAGAUGGGCUGACUCCUAUUCUUGGACACUACAUAAAGAACAUGAAAUCCCUUCAUAAGGUCACAAUAUUCACAACUCUUCGAUAUCUUCUAGUCCCCAAGGUUGCUCCACAUGAGAGGAUUGUCAUAAAAAAUUCAAAUCUCAAAGGGGUGUAUUGUUGUGUUAUUCAAUAUGGUUACGCAGAUGCUCUAAAUAUAGAAGGAGAUGAUUUUGUAGAUCAAGUCAUAAAUAGUUUGAAAAUACAUGUUCAGAACUGCCCUGACAAUCUUUCAUCUGAUUCUCAAGUGAUUGUAGAAGAAGCCUCCAGUUUAGAAGAAGCACGGUGUGCUGGUGUUGUUCAUGUUCGGGGAAAGACAAGAUUUUAUAUUGGACCGAACUGUAGCUGGUUUGAUAAAAUUAUGCUUGGUUUUUAUGAAAUCUUGCACAGUAACUGUAGAUCUGGCCUGCCUGCUGUAGGGGUUUCCUUACAGCAACGGAUUGAAGUUGGAAUGCUUUAUGAAGCUUGAAGGAUUAACUAUAUUCAAGAACUUUAAAAUUCAUAUAAUUCAGUAACUUCACUAGCUCAUGAUGUCCCAUAUUACAACAUGAGAGUCCAAAUACUGUAGUGUGAACAAAAGGGCCUGAGAAAUAGGUAUCGUGCUAAAAUCCUACAAGUAAGAAACAAAUCAUAUUAGUUAAAUCAUUAAUAAUCUUAACAUUAAAAAAAUGGCAGCAUUACUAUUUACUUUACAUAAUAUAUCCAUGCUUUUGUUAUA